AGGCUCAUUGUUUUUGGGUAAAGGGUAUGUUAUCUAACCAAAUAUCAAUAGAGGAUAGACUAUACAAAAUUACUGUUGGAAAAUAUGAUAGAAAUUUUACUAUGAUUAACGAUGAAUUUACACAAAUAAUAGAUUGUAAGCUCCGCCAAGAAUAAAAAAAAUAUGUUAACAUUGGGUUCAUGUAAGCUCCGUCAGUAAAGAAAAUCAAGUAGAAAUGAUUUACAAACCUAAAGGUUAUAAUGUAGAUUCAACUGCGGUCCGUAGUGAUAAUAUAGCUGUCAUUAUAUUAGCAAGCAAAGUUUCGUUUAGUAAUGGCGUUGUACCGGCUUGUAUUGAUUGGAACAAUAAAUAUACUGUACAGGAAGGAGCUCAAGGAAAGGCUUUUUUUUGGGAACAGGAAGGAUAUUGCAACAUCACGAAAAAUGCCACACAAAGUCUUAUUUUAUUAGAAAAAUCGUUGCCAUACAUAAAUAUUAAUGAUUGUCGAGAAUUUUAUUUUAAAGCAGAACAAAUGACUUAUGAUAAAUUUUGCGCUGGUUCUAAAUUAGGACCAAGGAUUUGUCCAUAUCAUGGAAAUAGUGGACACGGCUUAAUCUUUUUACACUCUAAUUCUUAUUUUUUAACCGGGAUAAUGUCUCUAAUAAAUAUACACAAUAACUAUACAGUCCAUGGUUUUACUGAUAUUAAAUACCAUGUUCAGUGGAUUCGUGAGAUUUUAAACAAACAUCUCACAAUGAAUUCGUGUGUUUUACCAGUUAUUGAAGGAGUUUUAUAUUCUUAUGAAGGUUUUAAUGACAUUUUACCUCACGGGACAUUAAUUAAUCAUCAUCUUACUGUUAUUGAGAAUUGUGAACAUGGAUAUCAUAAGGCUUAUCCCAAAGCUUUUAGGUACUGUCUCGGAAAAGGAAAAUGGUUAUCGAAUUCUGAUCAAUUGUGUUUCAAAAUGUGUCCACCGCUUGAAUCAGAUAGUUUAGAUUUUAAAUGUAGUUUUAAUGGUAAGUAUGCUAAUUGUUCAAAUUUAUCGAUACCUGAUACAAUAGCAACACCAUCAUGUAAAGCAACGUAUAUUGCACCGAAUGGACAAGAAGACACUCCGCUAGAAUUACGUUGUAAGUCUAAUGGGAUGUGGAACAAACAGCUAUAUAAAUGCAAUCCAUAUUGCGGUAGAACAUAUGUAAAAAGCGAAGUAUUGAUCGAAAAUGGUGAAAAAGCACUUGUUGGAACUGCACCUUGGAAUGUUGGAAUAUAUCGAUUCAACCGAAAAAAUUCCAUUCAUGAAAUUAUAUGUGGAGGAACAGUUAUUGCUCCAAAUUUAGUCAUUUCUGCUGCUCAUUGUUUUUGGAAUAUACAUAUGUCAUCUAAGAUAAUAUCGAUAAAAGAUGGUCUAUACAAAAUUGCUGUUGGAAAAUAUGAUAGAAAUUUUACAAUAAUUGACAAUGAAUUUACUCAAAUAUUGAAUAUAGAAAUGAUUUACGUGCACGAAGGUUAUUACGGAUCUUCUUCAUUUUAUGCUGAUGAUAUAGCUAUUAUUGUGUUAACAAACAGACUUUCUUUUAGUAAUGGUGUUGCUCCUAUUUGUAUCGAUUGGAAUGAUAAAUACAAUGUGGUAAAUGGAGAUGAUGGAAAGGUUGUUGGUUGGGGAAGAACGGAAAAAGGCAUUCCAAGUCCCAUUUUAUUAGAAGCAUCUUUACCAUAUAUCAAUCAUAGUACUUGCCGGAAAAUGUUUACAGGCGGAUUUGAACGAUUUGUGACUAUUGAUAAGUUUUGUGCCGGUUCUUCAGUGGUUUCAGGACAAUCGGUGGGUCAGGGAGAUAGCGGCGCUGGAUUAUGUUUUUUCCACUAUGAUUCUUAUUAUUUAACCGGAGUAGUGAGUGUCAAGGAUCCAGAUUCAAAUAAAUAUAUCGCAGUUUUUACAGAAAUUAAGUAUCAUAUUCAAUGGAUUCGUGGACUGUAUACAAGAUAUAACUAAGUUCAAUAAUAUUAUUGUACCUAAUUUUAUUAAAAUAAUGUAAUACAAUAUUCUGUUAUGAAAACACACUUAGCGACUCCGCAAUAAAUAAAAAUAACGAGACUAAAUAAUUUUGGCUCAAAAUUAUAAUAUUCUUUAUUUAA